UUACAAGAAGGGGCCUCAAAUGAUCCUUUUUCUACUCCAAGAUUUGAAGAAUGAAAACCAUCUAAUUCAUCUAAGGAAUCAAUUGAUUGUUCCAAGACAUCUCUAAGGGACUUUCUAGAUCCACCCUCAUCAUUUUGCAUUAACACAGUUGUAACACUUGAAGACACUGACUUACACGGACUUCCCUUGGAAACAGAUAUUUUGGGCAGAGAUUUAUCAAUUUUCUCAGAUGUAUGCUUCACAUAAUCCUGCAACAAUACAGUUUUCUCAGAAGAAAAUGAUUUUUCAGACUCGAAGGUUGUAUUAAGAUCAUUAUCAAUUUCUCUGGAACUUCUAAGCCCUUCCCUUCGAAUAUUUGUAGUUUGAUGAGUAACUGACUCUUCAUUGCUGCCAUUACUACUUUUUGACAGCUCAGGUGAUACACCUUCAGCUAAUACAUCUGUUACAGAUGGGGUUUCUUUGGCAUCUCUCCGUCUCCUAAACGCCACAUUCAAAUUUACUGUGGGUUUUAAUCUUUUCCUCACAGGCAUACUAACUGUUUUUUUCGACAUUUGAGACAUUUUUGACUUAGAAAACUUAUAGUUUUUCACUGUAAAGGUUAGUUUUCAUUACAGAGCUUUCCAUACUAACUGCACGCUAAUUUUAAGCUUAACAACGUCGAAAUUGAACAAUUAUAUAAGAAAGAAUGUAAAAACUUGUCAGAAACUCUUAAAUGCACACCAUCCUUUAUGAAACAUGACGUUCGCGAACACAUGGUCCACAACUUCAUUCCUCAAACGCACUCACACGUCAACACUGGUCAACACGCGCGCGUGCGCACACUGGCAGACACUCUCACUCACACUCAUACACACACACACACACACACACAGUGGAACGAGAUACUGACACACAUUCAUUGCAAUAUUGCUUUCCUUCAGCAGAGAAUGCCGUCAGUCACGCUACGUGUUUUAAGUUCUUUGACUUCUCUGGGACAAAUCGGGUGAAGUAUAAUAAUACUGAAUAAUACUCCGACUGGAACCCAGAGAGAUAUUCCUGACCCGAGAGUAUAUUCUCUGGGAUGGAGAAAAGUGAUGUUCAUUUUUUCGGUUGAAAACGCGGCGAGCGCUGCAAAGCCGCACGGAGAAGCAAGGAAACAGUAACAAGUGCCGACGGAUGCAAAACCUGUGCUCCCUGUGCAGUUCAAGAGCGUGCCAACGAAGGACGUCAUAUACACAUCUUUUUGAGUAAAACAUUCACUUAUUGGUGCAGAUAGAAAAUAUUGUAAUUUACUUGUUUGUUUCCUGAAGGAUUUAGAAGGGGUUGCUUUAGUGUUUUGUUGUCGGGUAUUUUUGUGGAAGCAGAUAAAUGGCUGACAGUGCAGGAAAUUGGUGCUUAAUAGAAAGUGAUCCAGGAGUUUUUACUGAACUUAUCAAACAAUUUGGCGUUAAAGGAGUGCAGGUGGAAGAACUGUGGAGUUUAGAUGCAGAACAAUUUGAAAAUCUCAAACCAAUCCAUGGACUAAUUUUCUUAUUUAAAUGGGUCCAAGAUGAUGAACCAAGUGGUUCCAUUGUUCAAGAUAGUAGAUUGGAGAAAAUAUUUUUUGCCAAACAGGUAAUAAAUAAUGCCUGUGCUACCCAAGCAAUACUUAGUAUAUUGCUGAACUGUAAACAUCCUGAUAUUUCAUUGGGUCCUACAUUAACAGAAUUCAAGGAGUUUUGUCAGAGUUUUGAUGCUAAUAUGAAAGGUCUGACAUUGAGUAAUUCACAGACCAUUCGCUCUGUACACAACUCAUUUGCAAGACAAACUUUAUUUGAAUUUGAGUCCAAGUUAGCUUCCAAGGAUGAUGAUAUGUACCAUUUUGUUGGUUACAUUCCAAUUGAUGGACGUCUUUAUGAAUUGGAUGGUUUAAAAGAAGGGCCAAUUGACCUAGGAGCUGUACCUUCUGAAGCAGAUUGGUUGGACAUUGUCCGGCCUAAAAUUGAAAAGAGGAUUCGCAAGUACAAUGAAGGGGAGAUUCACUUUAACCUAAUGGCAAUAGUGUCAGAUCGCAAAAUGACUUUUGAAAAGAAAAUUCAGCAGAUACAGAAAGAGAUAGAGGAAAGCGGUAUGGAGACAGAUGCUCAACAGGCAGAAAUGGCAAGACUGCGACUUUUGCUUGACGAAGAAGCACAGAAAACCAAGCAGUAUCAAGUGGAAAACAUACGACGCAAACACAAUUAUCUCCCUCUUAUUGUUGAAUUACUCAAGAGUUUAGCACGUCGUGGUCAACUUCUGCCCCUCUAUGAGAAAGCUAAAGAAAGACAGGUUUUAGACAAGCAGAUAGCAAAACGUGAGGAACAGGCCAAACAAUAAAAUUUAGAUUAUUGUAAGAAUGAAUUGUGAUUGUGAUAAGUGUGAAAUUUGCCUAAAACAUCUGGAUAAACUUGUGUGUAAUUAACAAGAGGAUUGAAUGUUGAAGUGCUGACUUUUUUUUUACUGAGUUGAUCCAAGUUGCUCAAGGAUGACUAAAAUAGUUCAUGAGUCAUUACUACAUUGUCACUUGUAUCAAAUAUAUGUGGUAUUGCAUCAAUAAAUGUUGCUUAUAUCGUUUAGAAUAUCUUUAAGACCCUGGCAGUUUCUUUUAAUUUUUCUCUGAUUGUCAAAAUGUUAUAUGCUCACUCUUUAAUAAAUUUCAUAAUUAUAUUCACAGAGAUGCUACCAAACUUAUCAUUGAUUCUCAAUGCUUAUAUGAGUGCUGGUGCAAAAUCUCGUACCAGUGAAACAAAAUGUUUAUAGAAUUUCUGUUUUCAACUGACAUUUAGAAUAAUUCUAUGAAAACAUUGUUUCAUGAUCUCAAAUUGUGCCCGUUUUUAUUGUAGAGCAAAUCAUUGGCACAACAAGUAACUUGGUUACUGCAUGUCUCCCAUUCAUGCAAGAAGAUAAAUUAGUUUUGCUUCAGAAUGGC